AUGUCCACUCCGUUUCCACUGCUCAAUCUGCCUUCCACAUCUCUUCUCAAUGUAAUUCAAUUCAUGGAAUUUAGUGAUUUUGUCAUCCUCUCGUUCCUCUCCAAACGAGCUAAACAAUCAGUGGAGUUGAAUAGCAUAAAGUGUGACUAUAUCUGUUUCAACAUAAAGGAUUCGGUCAUAAUCUGUAUGGCAAUUGACAAAAAGCGAAUCAAGUGGGUAUUCGAAGACAGGAAACGAAACAAAAGGAGUAAGAAACCUGUUCCACUGCCAGACAACGUGACGUUGGAAAUCGAAAAAGAAGGAAAAUGGAGCAAGAGAUGGAGCAUGAAGAAACUGAGUGUCAGAAAGUGGAUUACUCAUUUCAAGACAUUAUUUCAAUUGACUGAAUUUACAAUUUGCCUCUGUUCUAAUUGCCACGUAUUCGAUAUGGAAGACGUCAGAAACACGUUUCCAGAAGUGAAGACACUCCACAUCUGGAGUGAUUCUGUUCCAGAUAUUGAUUUUCUUGUGAGAAGUUUCCCUACUAGAAACCUCGACCUAGAGGGAUGCUUUGAGAUGCUGAGACAUCGUCGUCAAGUAUUGAUUCAAAACUUUGAUGAACUGGUCAUCUUCCCAGGUAGUAUAAGACCGACUCCGAUCGAUUUGGAUGACUUGUUGCUCAUUAAUGGUAAGAGGAUAAUUGUACACGACACGAAAUUAACGGAGAAAGAUUUGAAUCGAUUCAUCAAACUGUGGAUAAAGGGGAGUAAUCCUCGAAUGGAGGAAUUGAUUCUCCGUAUUCUGUUGAGAGAAGAAGAGCUUGAUAUUGAGAAUAUUUUGAAAGGAAUCAGUUGCCACCAAAUGAAUGUUAAAAAACCUAUCACAUUCAAAGCAACAUCCGGAAGACCCGUAUCAUUUAGUGGAGUAAUCGAUUAUGUUGUUAGAUUCGAUGGAACGAAAGCAUCCAUUGAAUUAAGUUUUGAUGAGGACUCGAACUCGGACACACUCGAAAUGCGUGUCUGGCAUUCGCAUUGUUUUCAAUCUGCGCAAUAA